GCUCACAGUCAGGGCUGCCCUCCGCGCCCUCUCUCCUGCCUUCCCUCAUCUGCGGACGGUCUCGUUCGCAUUCUACGGGUCAUCUAGCACUGCGCGAUACCGACGAUUCUGUGGCACCAUGUCUGCGCUUGCAACGGUCGACACCACGCAGCGGCUCCAGGCUCUCCGGAAGCUCAUGGCGAAGCCCGAGUACAAUGUUCAAGCUGUCGUGAUUCCAACGGAAGAUCAGCACUUCAGCGAGUACAUCGCGCAGUGCGAUGAGAGACGCGCCUUCAUCUCCGGCUUCACUGGAUCUGCUGGAUGCGCUAUCGUGACACCGGAGGACGCAUAUCUGUUCACCGAUGGACGGUACUUCCUACAGGCGUCGAAGCAGCUGGACAAGAACUGGACCCUUAUGAAGCAAGGUCUGCCAGAUGUCCCAACCUGGCAAGACUUCUUGUCCAAGAACCUUGGAACGCACAAUCGUAUUGGCGUCGACCCCACGCUCAUCGCUGCUUCCGACGCAGAGGGUAUACAGAAGGCUCUUGAGCCUGAGCAGUCCGAACUCGUGUCCAUUCAAGAGAACCUUGUAGACUUGGUAUGGGCCGACCGCCCGCCACGACCUGCGAACAAGGUCUUCCCGCUCGACGUGAAAUACUCCGGCCAAUCCCACCAGGACAAGCUCAAGCUGGUCCGUGAAGAACUCAAGAAGAAAGAAGCCAAAGCGAUCGUAGUCAACAUGCUUGACGAAGUCGCGUGGCUGUUUAACCUGCGCGGAUCUGAUAUUGACUUCAACCCCGUGUUCUUCGCGUACGCGCUCAUCGACCAGGAGAAAGCGAGACUAUUCGUGAAUAGGACCCAGCUCGACACCAGCGUCAACGACCACCUCGGGCCUGAGGUCGAAGUGCACCCAUAUGACACAUUCUUCCCGGCUCUCACACACCUGGGCUCAGAGUUGCAAGCAAGCAAGAACUCUGGCAAAGUGCUUGUCAGUGACAAAGCCAGUCUCGCAGUAGCCGAAGCGAUUGGAAAGGACUACAUCACUGUCCUGCGGUCUCCUGUUACCGACCUCAAGGCGAUCAAGAACGAGGUCGAGAUCGAAGGCUUCAGGCAGUCGCACAUUCGCGAUGGCGCCGCUCUCGUACGCUACUUCGCGUGGCUGGAGGAGCAGCUGGAUGCGGGCAAGGAGCUCUCCGAGAGCCAGGUUGCAGACCAGCUCGAGAAGUACCGGUCAGAGCAGGGUCUGUUCAAGGGUCUCUCGUUCCCAACGAUCUCGGCGACAGGACCUAAUGGCGCUAUCAUUCACUAUGACCCGGAUCCGAACGACUGCGCCAUUGUGAAGAAGGACCAGAUAUAUUUGUGCGACUCUGGCGCACAAUUUCUGGACGGAACUACGGACGUGACGCGCACCUUCCACUUCGGCACGCCUAAUGCGGAGGAGAAGCGUGCGUUUACGCGCGUUCUGCAGGGGCAUAUCGCAAUCGACACUGCUGUCUUCCCUAACGGAACCACUGGAUAUCUGCUAGAUCCAUUCGCCCGUCGGCCUCUAUGGGAAGAUGGGCUUGACUACCGCCAUGGUACAGGCCACGGUGUAGGACAUUUCUUGAACGUGCACGAAGGGCCUCAUGGGAUUGGUGUGCGCAUUGCGUACAACAGCACUGCGCUCAAGCCUGGCAUGACUGUCUCCAACGAACCUGGAUAUUACAAGGACGGCGAGUACGGGAUCCGGAUCGAGAACAUCGUCAUCGUCCGCGAGGCACAGACCCCGAACAACUUUGGCGACAAGGGCUACCUCCGCUUCGAGCACGUCACCAUGUGCCCUAUGGGCAAGAACUUGAUAGACGUGCCACUGCUCAGCGUAAAGGAGCGCGAGUGGCUGGACGCGUACCAUGCGGAGAUCGAGAAGAAGGUCGCGCCGUUGGUCGAGAAGGACGAGCGGGCGUUGCGGUGGCUGAAGCGCGAAUGCUCUCCGUUGUAGCUGUAGGAGCUGGACAUGCACAAGUUGUAACAGAAUUCACACAUUAAGGGGUGCAUCCGCACCUACUACCCAUGAC